CCCCAAAAACUAAAGCACAGAUAAAACGACACAUAGUGAUACUGUAGUACAUACAGUAUAAAUACCUACAAUACUUGAACACCAACUUCACAGUUGAAAAGCUACACUUCCAAUCCUCCCAAAUCACCUUACCAAAUCGUCACAUAAGUACGGAGUCCUAAUCAACUUCCCCUUGUUUGCAAAUGGAAUCCUCACCCAACCCUGGUGGCACCAUCAUCUUCUCCACCGUCGGCCGCACUGAUUACGGCUUUGAUAUCUUCUCACUCCCCCUCCAUCACAUCUCCCUUGACACCGAGCACCGCCUUACUGACGGUACCUCUGUCAACUUCAACGGCCAUUUCGUAGACGACGACAACUCCCUCGUCUUCAUUUCUGAACGGACUGGAUGUCCUCGGGUUCACCUCACCCGACCCAAUUCAACCAACCCGCCGGAGCAACUCCCCUCUGCACCGGGAAGCCUCUUUCAUGAUCGUCCAAUCCUCCACGGCAACCGCCUUUUCUUUGUCUCAGCUCAUCAACCUUCCGAUUCUCUCUACAAAAGUUGGUCUGCUGUUUAUUACUCAACCUCUGUUAAUGAAAAUCAUAACCAAAAUACUGAUUGUGAGAUCAAUCGAUUGACCCCACAUGGUAGUGCCGAUUUCAGUCCUGCUAUUUCUCUCUCCGGAAACUUCCUUGCUGUUGCCUCUUAUGGCUCUAAACCUUGGGGCGGUGACUUCCAGGUGCUCAAUACUCAGAUUGUCGUUUUCCCAGUAUCGGACCCUGCUAAACGCAGCGUUUUAGCUGACCAUGGUGGCUGGCCCUCUUGGUCCGGCGAUUCCACUCUCUACUUUCACCGUCAAUCCGAAGACGGCUGGUGGAGCAUUUACCGGGUUGAUUUCCCCGCCACUGAAUCUCCACGCCGGGUCACUCCCCCGGGUGUCCACGCUUUCACUCCCGCCGCAAUGCACAACAGCACCAACAAAAUCGCCAUUGCAACUCGUCGGAAGGGUAGAGUUCAUCGACAUAUUGAGCUUUUCGACACCGAGUCAGGGGAAUUCCAACCGAUAACAGAGUUGAUAAACCCGGAAUUACAUCAUUUCAACCCAUUUAUAUCCCCCGGGUCAAAGUUCAUCGGGUACCACCGAUUCCGAGGAGAUUCAAAACAAGGAGACAAACUAAUCCCGAACCUAGAACCAGUUGUUUCUCCCAUCAAAUCCCUGUCAAUGCAGAGAAUCAACGGUUCAUUCCCUUGUUUCUCCCCUGAAGGCGACCUUAUCGCAUUUAAUCCAGACUUCGAGGCAAACGGAGGGCUCAAAAUCAUGAAAUCAGACGGCUCAAAGAGGUGGACACUGAUUCAAGGACGUGUAGCCUUCUACAACUCCUGGGCCUCAUGCUUAACAGAUGAGAAGAAGCACGUUAUCUUCACUUCCUUGGGUUCAAUCUUUCAGCCCGCCAAAGUUUCCGUCCAAGUAGCUCGUAUUACCUUUGAUGCUUCCGCCCUUGACCCUCACUGUUCAACUGUACAGAAUGCUGAGAUUAAGAUCAUCACCAAGGAGGAAACCGGCAACAAUGGUUUUCCGGCGUGUUCACCUGACGGAAAAUUGGUAGUUUUCCGAUCAGGAAGGUCGGGCCACAAGAAUCUUUACAUAAUGGAUGCUGUUAACGGAGAAGUUGACGGGGGUAACAAUGCUCGUCAGUUAACGGAGGGAGCAUGGAUUGAUACUAUGCCCAGCUGGUCACCUGAUGGACAGGUCAUUGCUUUUUCUUCAAACCGGCAUGACCCGAGUAACCCGGUAACCUUUGGGAUAUACUUGGUUCGGUCAGAUGGAUCGGACCUAAGAAGAGUACACGUGGAAGGGUCAAAUGAUGCAAGCUUGGAGAGAAUAAACCACGUGUGCUUUAGCCCCAAUGGAGAAUGGUUGUUGUUCACCACCAACAUGGGUGGGGUUACGGCGGAGCCACUUAGUUUUCCAAACCAAUUUCAGCCAUAUGGGGAUUUGUUUAUUGUCAAGGUGGAUGGAACUGGAUUGAGGAGGCUGACGUGUAAUGGGUACGAGAAUGGGACACCUGCAUGGCACGCUCGGGGAGGGCUCGAUGUUUUGUCCCUUAAUGCGUAUACUGAGAUGGAUGGUGAUGAAUUAAAAGGUCAAUUUGAUGAGCCAAAGUGGAUUACUUUUGAUUUUUAAGGUGAAAUCACAACUCACAAGCCAUCUAAACAUGGUUAGUGACAAUAAAAUUAAAACAAAAUAUAAAAUUGUACUGGGGAAUUAUAAAAUAAAAUGACCUUGGUUGUGGGUUAUUUCUUAUUAUCUCUAUUCAUUGUCUUUUUAGAGUAUCAAAAA